AUGUCGACAAUCAUCAACUUGCAAAUGGAGGUUCUGGCACGCAUGAGAGAGCACCGAGAUGAGAUCUUUCGCUUUGGUCCUCGUGGCCGUGCGGAUCGGCCGAGCUUUCAACAGCCUCCGAGGCCACGCGACGGAGAACGGCGGAGGGACGGAGAGCGAAGCGACGGCGCUUCCGCCUCUUUGGCCUCCAUCUCGGAGGCGGACGAGGCGGCGGAAGCGGAGACGGACGGAAGUCUCAAGGCACCGAUGGCACCAGCGAAGUCUCGAGAGAGAGAGGGCUCCUCUCUCCGAAGAAAUGAAAAGGAGAGAGACGGAGGGCGUCAGCGGCUUCCACCACAUGCCGACUCAGCACCAGUCGAAUGGAAUCUCCUUCCCGUGUCUGAGCAGUCUGAGGGUGAUGGAAUCUCCUAUGAGAGAAGAAUUUGUGAGUCAGUGGUGAUCGAAAAAGAAGGAUUUUGUCCAAGUGGUCUUAUCAAUCCUCAUUGGAUUGGGAAGUUGGUUUGGGAUUUUGGAGUGAUGUUUUGUGUUCUCAUGGAUGCGAUGGUUUUGCCUUUCCAACUCACCUUCAAAAGCAACCUUGGGGCGGACAGCUUUGACACUGUGUGGCUUUGGACGACGACCUGGAUCUUUGGCAUCGACAUCAUUUUUAGCUUCAAUUGUGCCAUUGAGAGUGAGGAUGGAGUCCAUGGAGCCAAAAGCAAACUGAUUCUGGACCGGGUGAAGAUUGCGAAGAGCUAUCUGCGCGGAUGGUUUGCCAUCGACUUUGGCUCAACCGUCCCCUGGGCACAGCUCAGUGAGGCGUGGCUAUCUGGCGGUUCUUCGUCGCAGCUCACGCGGCUCACCAAGGUGGUGAAGUUCGUUCGGCUGCUGCGCUUAGUUCGGAUGCUUCGCCUGGCCAAGCUGGGACAGAUCUGGGAGCGCGUGGAGCAUCGCAUCGGUUCUCUCUUUCUGCUGCAGUGCAUUUCGCUGCUCCGCGUUUUGUCCGUUGUGGUGGCGAUGUGCCACUGGAGCGCAUGUCUCUUUUGGCUCAUCGGACUCCCUCGAAACAUCUUUACGGACGUCUUCUUCUCCGAAGAUGAGCAGCAGGCGUAUGAAGCGGCACCUCACUGGACGACCAUUUGGAGGCAUCAUGAUGCGGUGGAGACUUCAUGGCGCUGGUUGGAUCGAAGCACGUCGGAGACCUAUGUCUUUUGCUUCUACUGGACUCUUGGGGUCAUGAGAACGAUGCCAGCCGAAGUCACGCCAGUGAACCUGCCCGAGAGGGUCUUUGUUUUGAUUUUCAUGUUUUUCGCCUUGUCCGCCUUUGCCAUUUCCAUCGCGCUGAUUACGCAAUCCUUCUUCAAGCUUUCGGAACGCAAGAAGGCCUUCAAUGAGGAAUAUGCGGCAGUGCGUUUACAUCUUCAGAGAACCAAAGUGAGCGAAGAUAUCCAGUUUCGUGUGAAGUCCUAUCUGAAAUAUCUCUUCGACCAGCGGAAGACUCAUGCUAAAGAGGCGACAUUGCUGAACUCUUUGCCAGAUGAGCUCAAAGAUCAGGUUUUCCGAUGUCAAGCCUUGCACCAUAUGAUGCGACUGCCCAACAUGCAACACUUCAGGCGGUCUCAUCGCCUACGCUUGGCGGCGGCGGCCGCGACGUGCGAUUUCAUGCCCGGGCAAGCCUUGGUGAAGCGCAACGAUCCCAUCGAAGCCUCUUGGAUUUUGAUCUCGGGACAGCUCCACAAGGAUGGAUGGAAUGUCGACGAAUACCCCACGGUGGUCCAUGCCGAGUGUUUGGAGCCGCACGGGCACGAGCCGCUCCUGUCGGACUGUCAAGUGGUGGCCACCGAGGUCUCGGAGGUCCUUCGUGUGGACAAGGUUGUGCAGGUUCAACAGCUAUUGAUAAGGGUGGACAUCCUUGAGCGGAGGCUCUCAGAGGUUGCAUCACGGCCCUCAAGAGGAAUUCGAGCUUGUCUCAGCCUCCCACCCAGGGCCCCCAGUCCUGCAAGGACCUCAUCAAGUGCCUCAUCUGCGUUCAGCUAUCCCUACUCUCUCUUCUGAGGCUCUUCGCCUUUGUGCAAAUCUUCGUGGAUGCAAGCGGCAAGCUAUCCUGGGCUCGCUUCGUGUUGGAGGGCCGCGUCAGCAAGCCCCGACCUUCAAGUCCCUGCGACCUUGCAAACACAACCUACAUUGUGGUCAGGGAGGAGGGCAUCACCGAGCCGGUGCGGGUUGAGAAGGCAUCGGACUACAGAGCUUUGCUCGGUGACUUCACGGGGUCGAGCAGCAUCUCUCACGGACUCGCCCCAAAGGCUAAGGCCAAGGUAUACUGCUUGGGGCCCAACAUCCCGUUCCCAGAGCGCCUGUACCAAUGGAGUUAGAUGCUAUAGUGCCUGCGGUGGAGGACAACGUAGAGCUCUUCAGGAUCUAUUGGCCCCCAGAUCCGGUGCAAGGCCGUGCUGGUAUGUUUGGUGGUGGUGGUGGUACGGCGGGCUGCCGGACGAGGAGUGUUGGUAGCAAUGCCUGCCGCCCUGGUUUCUGCAGGAAGCCUUCCCUUGGAUCCCUCUGAGAUGGAGGUGGUUGGACCUCAUGUUCAGUUCGAGGUGCCUGCAGUCCGUCUGUCCGAAUUUGGCAUGGACAGCCUUGGGAUCGACAUCAGUGUUCAUAUGGACCUUGGAGUGGACGCCCUUCGUGCUAUGACACCUUUGUCUCUUUUGCCCGAAUCUGGAGACCCGGGGCCUCAUUGGUUUUGGAGAGGAUUUGGACGUUGUCCCGCCAAGAGAUUGGCUAGCUGCUCAGGUUUAUCAGAGAAUGGCCUUCUAUUCUGCAGAAGAGGGGAAGAGCAUGGGGAGCGUCAAGCAGCUCCUCUCCCCCCAAGGGAGCCGUAUCGGAGGUGUCACUCCAGAUCAUUCGCCAGUCAGGCAGAAGGCAAAGGAGUCUGCAAAGAAGCGUGUGACCACGGCUGCUCUUUCGGAACAGCUGACAGGCCUGAUGGAGCUUCUCUCCACUAUGACAGAGCAGAUCUCAGAGUUGCAACGAGGUCAUGAAGCCCUGCAAGACUCCAUUUGAGCAGAAGCGGCUGGCGGCGCCAUGUCAAGCAAGCCAACUGCCCAUCUCUGCUCCUGCUAGCGGGGUGGCGGGAUUUGAUGGUAAUCAGACUCGCUGGCCUGGGUAACUGGAAUUGCGAGGCCUUCCUGUUUGACUUGCUCUACAGCCUUGUGCAAGCCCAAGUUCAUCAAGUCUGACGUCAAGCCUCCUGUCUCGCAGUCCCCAGUUGUCAGUGACACUGAUCAUGAUCAGUCAUUCAGACUAUGCAGCGUAUGGGAUGUGAACCGCCUUUUCUGCUUGUAGGCCCUGUCUGACGUAAUGAAUGACUGACGGGAUCCCCAUCACCAGUUCUCAGUUCUAUGAGAGUGCGGCAGUCAAUGCAGUAUAUCUUACAUGGAAGGUGGCCCCAAUGUCUACAGGCAGUAUAAUGACUAUUCUGCACUCUCUGCAGAGGACAUUGCCUUUGCUAAGAGUGAGGCCUAUGCUGGUGAUAGCAGGUCGAAGACUUCAUUCAUUGUUGUGCGCAGAAGGAGCUUUCACAAGAGAGGGCGUCUUUGUGUCAGAUGAUAUGGAGGUCUCUGAUUCUCUGCCCUACAAGCUGAUCGGUUCUGAAACCAUUUUACCCAAACAAAUCGCCGUUUAUGGCACUGUGGCGCAGGGAGUCCAUGUGGAGAAGCUUUUUGAUUUGGUGACGCUGCCGGUCAGUGUGGCAUUUCCUUCAUAUACUUCCGACGCCUUCCAAUCUCUUCUGCUGGACUUAUGGUUUUCAGUCGUGAUCUACCGAAGGCCUAUGGUGGCCCACUCCGGUAUGCUGAGCCGAGCAACCUGAAUCCAGAGUCUCCGAUGGCUUGGUCGAUGAGCAGAGGAGUUGCUGGAGAAAUGCUGGUAUUGCUGUGCUCUGGACCCUUGGCUGCUUCCAACACGGCUGUUCCCUUCCCUGAACGAGCUUAUGCAUCAGGCCCCUCUAUUUUGAAAAAGGCCUGGUUGUUGCUGGAAUUGGGGAACAACUUUCACGCUUCGGAGAGCUGAUCAGAAGAAGGCCAAGAACCUUAAGAUGAUUUUGAGCUUGAGCCCUACUGUUGGAGCUGGAGAGGGUCCUCUCUAGAGGAGGGAGCUGCAUUAAGGGCUUAUGAAGCUGAAGCCCUCAGAAGAAGAGGUGGAAUUUCUGGACAUUGUGAAGAAUUUGAGGUCCAGGUUGGGCAACGUUGUGGCUGCCGGGAGACCGAUGCUGAAGCGCUCCAUGAGUGGCGUCAGUGAAGACCGCGAUGAGGUCGCCGUGGCCACGGUGGCCGUGAUGUCCACGUCGUGAAGAGGGAGGAGGAAAAGGACGAAAAAAAUGAACAAAACAAAACACAUGGUGUAAAACAUCAUUU